GACUCUGGCUUUUGGUGUGUGCCUCUGAGCAUGUGUGAGUGUUAGAGGGAGAAAGAGAUAAGGAGAGAGAGAAAAGGAACAAGCAACUCUCAUUUCUUUCCCCCCUCCCCAUCUCCUUGGUCCUUGUCACUCCAUCCUUCCUCCCCUCUCCUGGACCACCCGCAAGACCCGCCUCGAGCCGGGACCAACGACCCUCUCUGCCCAGACCGCCCCGGGACCCUUUGACUCUCCCGAAUUCUGUCCCACCAACCGCCACUUUUUAAAGAAGUCCUACAGACUACAGCAUGGGCUGGCAAUGGACUUGAAUGGAAGUUGGAAAUCUGAUAAACUGAUCAAUGCGUAAGUGAGAGUCUGUCGCUGUUGCUUCAUAUCCCGCCUCACUCUGCUGUCCUUUAUGACCUGGGAAAACAUCACCCGCAGCAAACGUGGUGGCUGGCUGGCAGGAGUGCCAUCAUAUUCAUUCUUCUAUUGAGGAUUCCAGCAGCAUCAUUCGGCCAUACCUCCUCCUGACAUGGAGUCUACCAAAGUCCAGUCGGAAGGUGGCCUCAAUGUCACCCUUACCAUCCGUCUCCUCAUGCAUGGAAAAGAAGUGGGGAGUAUAAUUGGAAAGAAAGGGGAAACUGUGAAAAAGAUGCGGGAAGAGAGUGGAGCACGAAUCAAUAUCUCAGAGGGCAACUGCCCAGAGAGGAUUGUCACCAUUACUGGACCAACAGACACAAUCUUCAAGGCUUUUGCCAUGAUUGCCUACAAAUUUGAGGAGGAUAUCAUCAAUUCGAUGAGCAACAGCCCAGCAACCAGCAAGCCUCCAGUGACCUUAAGGCUUGUCGUGCCAGCCAGCCAGUGUGGCUCCCUCAUAGGAAAAGGAGGUUCCAAAAUAAAAGAAAUGAGAGAGUCCACAGGUGCACAGGUUCAAGUAGCAGGGGACAUGCUCCCAAACUCAACAGAGCGUGCAGUGACAAUCUCCGGGACCCCAGAAGCCAUCAUCCAGUGUGUCAAACAGAUCUGUGUCAUCAUGCUGGAGUCUCCCCCCAAAGGUGCCACGAUCCCUUAUCGCCCAAAGCCUACUUCUACACCUGUCAUUUUUUCAGGUGGUCAGGCUUACACAAUUCAGGGACAGUAUGCCAUUCCACACCCAGAUCAGCUGACCAAGCUCCACCAGCUGGCUAUGCAGCAAACCCCCUUUACCCCUCUUGGACAGACCACCCCUGCUUUCCCUGGUUUGGAUGCCAGUCCACCAGCCAGCACUCAUGAGCUCACCAUCCCUAAUGAUCUAAUAGGUUGCAUCAUUGGACGUCAAGGAACCAAGAUUAAUGAGAUCCGACAGAUGUCUGGUGCGCAGAUCAAAAUCGCAAAUGCCAUGGAAGGUUCAUCUGAGCGUCAGAUCACCAUCACUGGGACGCCUGCUAACAUCAGCCUGGCCCAAUAUCUCAUCAAUGCCAGGUUCAGGGACGUGGCUGUCAUGUGGAAUGACCCUUCAACAAUGACAACAUCCUGAAGUCGCCUUCAAUACUGGCUUCCUUUUUAGACACGAGCAUCAACAAACAUCGGUGUUUUAUCACAUGGAAUUAGACUUACUUGUUUCAGCUUUCGAAAUUGAGUAAAAGUUGUAUUACAAAUCUGGAGGUUUGACAUGAUAAAAAAAUAUGUGAUCUUAUGUUAUAUUAUUUGUACAAAGAUAGAACUUGGCAGGAUGAACGAAUGAAACACAAUCAAAGCAUCAAAGCAUAAUCUGAUUGCAUUGUCUAAAAUGUUCAUCCUGCUGAUUUUGGAUCUCAUAAACUGAAAAAAGUGGUUGCAGGCCCUCCAGAUAUCUUCACAUGAUAAACUAAAUUAAAUGAAUUUUGUGAUUAUUGCCUUUAAUUUGUUUACCAUGAUUAUAAUCAGAAUAAAACACUGGAUAAAGAUUUCAGGCUAACAAACAAUAAUGAUACAACCAUCAUCUGCCACUUUGCACUUCAAAUUUUGGGUCUUUACUCUAUCACGGUUUUACAAUCAACUAUCGCUGUUUUGUGGUCAGAUUUAGCGUUAUGUUAGCGAAUUGGGCAUUUUCAAGCAUAAAAAUGUCUAACUCCAUUGAGAAGAUGCAUUCGAAGAUAUUGUGAUGCUAUGUAGUAUUCUUCACUGGUUACGAGUUUUCAGUAAUGUUAUUGUCAUGAUUGGUGAGACACACAAGCACCAGACUUGAUCGCAGGAACAACUGCUGUUACAUAACAGGGACAAUAAUCCCUAACACGAGGUAUUGUUGCCAAAGUCAAGCUGAAAGUCAAAUCUGAAACCCCGACGUCACUUCCUGUUGUCACCAGAACACAUUUACAGCAACAUACGCGAGGUUAAUAACAUGAACACAAUAAUAAUGCCCUUAAGGGUCAUUUCAUUACAUUGAUACAAUAGCCAUCGAAGGAAGUACUGUACACAACCGCAAGUGUAAAAAAAACUCCCAAUGCUAACAUGUGUGUGUCUAUAUAAUGUCUUAUGUCUUAAACGGCUUGUUUUCUUUUGUUAUUCUAUUGACUAAUAUGAGUGUAAAUGGGAUUAUAGGGGUGUUAUUUCAUGUAUCAAGAGCUCUAAUAAUGUUAUAAAACCUAUUUAGAAGGUCGUAAACAUGUUUUCUUUGCUCUAAGUACAAAAAUAUUCCAAUUAGACAUAGGGAAUCCUACUUCAUGGAAAUUUGAUUAACCAUGAUGAACAACUUACUAAAAAACACACAGAUACUGUAUUUGUGGGAAAAAAACAUGGAAGCGAUCCAAAGAAUAUCUACUGUAUUUUAUCGUACUUGUAUUGAUCAUAUCCUGAUACCCUGGUAACGAAAGGAUCGAUCAAUACCAGGUCCAUAUCCACGGUAAACCCCUAAAACCUAAGCUAAACCAAUCUAAACAAGCUACGGUAUUAGAUUAAUAAUAAUAAUAGGAAUCAUGGUAAUCAUAAUAAUAUCUGCCCAGCUGAUGGCUGUAACAGCAUAUUAAAAUGUUAAAGAACAUGCUGUGUCUGCUUUUCUGACAUCUUUUGUGGAAAGUGCAAAAUUUUUUCCCUAAAUGGGGGGCAUGUGAUGCCUGCUGAUUUUGUAAGUUUACUCCCUUACAAAGACAUGAGAAGUGAUUAAUUUUUGAUAGCAAGUUUAUUUAACGGAGAUACAGAAUAUUAACAUAAAACUGCAAAAAUAAAUAAAUGUAGCAAUAUUUAUUUUAUAUUUAAUUUAGGUGACAACUGCAUGUGUUCUUUUGGGGGGACUUUCAUAUAAUUGGGUACAUUGUGAGUGUAGCUGUGUUGAAAAAGUAGUUAAAAAAUAUACAGUACAUUUACAAAAAUCAAGCACACAAGCAGCUACUGCAGUAUAACUUUCUCUGCCUAUGUUCAAAUUCUUCUUUUACAGUUGCGUUGUGUUGUUUAUCCCUUCCUGCCCUGCUCCUCCCCAAUCUCCUUGUACCAUUGUAGGCUUACAUCCGAAGUCACUGGAAUGGCCACACUCUAAUUUCUACCCAUCUUCCCCGUGUGCAUCACAUGGCCCCUGAGCAAAAUGCCAUUGCAUCCCAUGUGUUGGUUAAUCUGUAUUGGUCUUCAUAUUUAAGUGAUGUAGAUUAGAGAUUAUUCACACCUAUUUGAAAUCACUUUUUUGUCUUGUAUUUUGACUUUAUUUUUGUGAAUUUACAACCUUUCAUGCUGCACAACAUUGUUUACCUAUUGUUGUUCCAUCCAUUGUUGCAUUUUUCUUUUGUGUCAGUAGAUAUUUAAACAACAUUAUGUUUUAGUGACGGGGACCUAUUAUGCAAAUUUUCGGCCCUUUGUAUUUAGUUGUGGACUCCUAUAGAGCAGCUACACACGAUAACCAGCACAGAAAGAUUUCUAGAUAUACCAGAAUCUGAACCUAUUCAAGGUGUAAUUCUUUGGAUUUUGUGCUUCAAACUGAAACGAUCUGUUUUAAUGAAUUCCCCACAAGGCCCGCCAGGCAUGCGCACUCCACUGCGGUUUGUCACACUCCCAUGUGCUUCUGGUUCUGGUUGAUAGCCACCCAACUUUAUAGAGCUUGAUAAAGGGUCUACUGAUCAUGCUGGGAAAUGGCUAUUAGCAACCCUGUUCCCUGUAUGCACACUCUAUAUUGCUAUACUGACAACUGCUUUUGUUCCAUGACUUACACAAAAUAAACGCAGUUAGGACACUGAUGAAUUGUUACUUACUGCUUGCCCCUCUGACUCUUUGACAUGACCAAGUAACAUUGGAAAGGCCUCAGGCUAGUCCAGCUGCGUACAAAACAGUCCAGUGUAAAAUACCGUUGACAGAUUACAAUAUUUUUCUUCUGUUGGUAGGGAAUCAGGAAAUCCAACCACUUGUGCCUGUUUGCGUCAUUAGGAAUUGUAAACAAAUGUAGCUUUCCCUUACACCCGGAGAAACACUCCCUGGGAGCCAAUGCUAACAAUCAUCACAGAAGCAGAGUUUGGGGGAGGGUGGGGGAAGCAGAGAUUGGGGGAGGGCAGAGAGCUUAUCUCGCCUACAAUACACGCCAUAUAAGGAAGGCCACCUAUGUGUGACAUCACAAACCUCCAGUUCUACAAUGACCUCUGAAAACGAGCGUUUUGAGCCAUCCCAAACGUCUUUCAGGGCUCACUUCCAGAUGCGCAAACCUCAUUAUCUGAAACUUCUUUUAACACGAGAAUACUACAUUGUAACUACAUUUAUAGGUCAGAAAACUAAAAAGCACAAUAGGUCCCCUCUAAGACUUUUCCAUACUGACUUUGCAAUUAAGUCAUGUUUUACUGUUUGCCCACACAUUUUACUGAAUUACCUGCAUGUGACCCACUGCAUCAUGGUGCAAUGUAAGGAAACCAGCUGUGAACACUGUAUUUGUAGCCAGGAUAUCACACACCGGUUGGAAAUGACCUCAUGGUAACCCCAUCCACUGAAAUGCACAAAUAUCACUCCAGAUCAAAAUGUAAACACCAAUUGCAACAAUUUACAUUUUGCACUGUUGGAUCUUAAAGGUCAUCCCAGACAGGCUUUUUUAGGGGAACUUGAGCAAUUUAAUUUCAAAGUUGGUGUUUUUUCAUCAACUUGAUGUAGAGCUGUGAUGUCAUAGGAGGAGGGCUGCUGCUGCUGCUGCUGCAGGCGUGUGUUGCCUUGUGACUAGGGUUGGGCAUCGAGUCUCAAACUUUGAUGGGAACCAGGACUAACAUUGUGAUUCUCCUUAGAAUGAUCAAAUGUUUUUAUCUCAAUUCUUUGUUUCGAUGGCCACUUCGCUGACCAAAAAAGAACUUGUUGCUAGCAUCAACGAAGAACUCAGAAAGCACCAAUGGGGACCUUCUCAACCCACACAACACACUUCAGGCCUUCAAAAUAAAAGCGCUUUGGGCUACAUCAAAAUAAGGGUGUCAUAAAAAGUAGCUUACAAAUUGAAAUAAAAUUGUGUUCAUUUGGAUUAAUUGGUUUCAGACCCAACUGCCACAAGUGAAUUUCUGCAAAGUAGUAUACAAUAUUAAUAAACUGAAUAUUUUCAGAGUUUUUGUCUUUCGAAAUAUGUUCUUUAACACUAUUAGAGCCCUGCAGACAUGAAAUAACACCCCUAUACUCACCUUUACACUACUAUUAUUCUUUGUUUGCCACAUUGCGCAGGACAUGAGAUCACUGCAGGGAUAACGGCCUCCGUUAGCAUAGUGAGCUACCGAAUAAUUAGUUAGCCUUAGCAAAAGGCAUCGGAAUAGACAAACAAUACGAACCGGAAUUGAAAGAAACGCAACAGGAAUUCAAAUUCAAAUGAUGCCCAACCCUAGUUGAGUCUGUUCAAGCUUGAUAUGAUAUAAUGAAAAUAACAUUUGUAUUUAUUCCCAAUUAAUAAUAUUGUUUAUGAACAUGUUAUUGGCCCAACAGGUCGGUUAUUAGUGCCCCUACCUGUCCGUCCUCCUAAAUGCCACUAGCAUGGCAUUUGAAUGCCCUCCUAAUAGAAAUGCAUGCAUUCAUACAUUCAGGAAUUUUACAAUCCGAAACACAAAAACAUUACACUACUUUACUUACUCUAGAUGUUUCACUUUUCAAAAGGUCUAUAAUUAUAAAACCAUAAAAGCAUGUUUUGUGUUACAUGUUUGGCUUUCUGGAAGGGAUUAAUCAGAUAUUAUUUUUAUGGGAAAUAUGUAUUUGGUUAGCGUACAUUCUGAUUGGAGUCCGACCUUCUGUAACUGAUUAAGGACGCCAACCAAGAUUCCACUGAAUACUGUAACAAUCAGAGAUAUACAGCUUGUUUCAUGAAAAUAAAUGGAUCACUGCUGGAAUACAACAGCCAGACUUUGUUUUUUCAGCCUAUUUCAACAAGCCAUUAGAAACUCACUCAUUGCCAUAAAAUUCCCACAAAGUGAGUACUGUAUAUCUGUACUUUAUAGGGUUAGUAGUGAGUUGGUGAAAGAAAAAUACAAAAUUAUUAAAGUACCAGAUGCUGCCUUAAGAGUGUAACCCAAACUUUUUGUUGGCAGUUGCUAAAUAAUUUCUUCUUCAUAUACGUAUAAAAAAAUGAUUAGUCUAGAAAUGAAAGACAAUAGUUGAUCCACUGCGGCUUGGGCUCAGGUAAUUUGUAGGUUGACCUAUAGCGGCAACAUGUUCUAAGAAAGAUUCUAUUGCAAAUUCCUCAUUCUUUCUUUUGUAAAUAGACUUGAACCAUGGUUUUCAAGUGCUCCAGUUUUCAUUUACUUCAUUUUCCGACAAAGGUUUCAGCCAUAAUUUUACCUCGGUUGUCGUAGCCCGGUUCAGUUAUUGCACAAUAUUACAUGUAAUAAACUUGUAAUAUUUCUAAUGAUAGAAGCAUUGCUUGUUUUUCCGGCCAUCUGCAAUCAUACACCCAACACCAAAUUUCUACGAUACUUAGUUUACACAAUACUACAAUAUUCUAUAAGGCUAAUUUAUUGUUCCUGCCGUAACAUUCUAUAUCCCAACAAAGAAAACCCACCAUUCAAAAUAUUUUUCUGCAUGUAUAACUAUAAUUGUUCUAUAUUAAUGUGUUUUGUGUUUCAGUUUUGGUACCUUUCGGUUUUAGACGGACCACAAAAGAAAGCAGCCCUCCAAUCACCAGUCGAUUUAAGCUACCAUCACAGAUUAAAUGACCGGGAAUGUUACACGCGUGAUAAAACGUCACUUCAAUGUAGCGAUACUCCUUCUCUCAAAAGGAAGGAGUGUGAGUGAACCUUGGAAUGGAGUGAAAAAUCUCUUUGAUUGACAGAUCAAUUGGUGAAGUUAUUGCUUGGGAGACAGGUAGACGACUGUAAGAGGAGCUAUGAUAGCGUCAUUCAUCGCCAUUCUCAUUCCAUCUUUACAAUGUUCAAGUGAACCUGUAAAAUCCACGCAAGUUGUCUUGAUACUUGAUCGAUUUGCAAAGCUCUCAGUUGCCUUUUUGACUGUCAUAUUCUUCACUGAUGAAUUGUGUCCAACACUUUAUGCUGUGCUGCUUAUGUCACAUUACGGAUACAUUUAUCCCCCACAUUAUAUGCUAUUGAACUGGAGCAACAUUUCAAUAAAACUGUGGCACUAAGGAAAGGUGUGACAAAAUGUGUUAUAUGAUCCUGUUCUUUUUUUCUUUACUGAAGGUCUAUUUAUUGAGGUUGAUUUUUUUGUAAACAAUAAAUGUUUUUUUGCUUGA